AAACAUGCUGAAGAAAGAAAUUGAAACCCAAAAUUACGUUUUUCUUUUAUAAAAACUACAAACACAAAGAAAACCCCCACGCGCACACUUUUUUUUUAAUUGCUAAAUCUCUCUCUUCUUUUUAUUCGUUGUAUUUCUCUUUCCUUUUCCCACCCUCCCCUUCAUUUCCUUUCCCUCUUUUCUCUGUCUGCUCUUAAAUUCCCUCUGUUUUCCCACACUUUCCCUCUCGUUUUCUCACUCACUCUCUCUCUCAUCUAAUCCAGUUAUCUCCAUGAAACUUUUCCCAUUUCACGUGACUCCACCUCCCACCUCUUAAUCUCCAAAAAAAAAAAAUAAAUAAAAAAAAAAAAAUUCUCGGAAAUUUUUCUAUAUUUCUCCUUCUGAUCCACACUAUUUCCCUCAUGAUUUCUCACUCUUUCUUCUACUUAUUCUUAUUAUUCUGCAACAAUCACCAUCACAGCAUCCAUAGCCAUAGCCAUAACCAUAACCAUAACCAAAAGCACCAUGCGAUCCCCACAAGCUCAGGCAGCUCGUAAUGGGGAAACCCCAUCACCCCACCACCACCAUCCCCAUAGAUUCCCAACCCCUCCUUUCCACUCCACCGUCUCCGUACAGAAGCUCAGGCGCUUCAACUCCUUAAUCUUCUUCUUUCGUCUUGCUUCUUUCUCUUUCUCUCUCGCUUCCUCCGUUUUCAUGCUCACUAACUCUCGCGGCUCUAAUUCUCCUCGCUGGUACGAUUUCGAUGCCUUCAGAUUCGUAUUCGCAGCGAAUGCGAUAGUGGCGGUGUACUCUCUGUUCGAAAUGGUAGCUUCGGUUUGGGAAAUAUCAAGAGGAGCUACUCUCUUUCCCGAAAUCUUACAGGUCUGGUUCGAUUUCGGCCACGACCAGGUGUUCGCGUACCUCCUUCUGUCUGCGGACUCGGCAGGAACGGCCCUAGCCAAAGCGCUGAAAAGGAUCGACACGUGCACGGCGUCUAACGGGUUCUGUGUUCAGGCCGACAUAGCUAUUGCCUUGGGAUUUGCCGGGUUUCUGUUCCUAGGGUUUUCGUCGCUGCUCUCGGGCUUCCGGGUCGUCUGUUUCAUUAUCAACGGCUCUCGUUUUCAUCUUUAGAGAGAGAUAGAGAUAUAGAGAGAGAGAGGAGAGUAUUUGGGUGCGACAGGGUCUUGCUUUUUCCACCGCGUAACCGUACCUGUGGCAUCGGUAUUCUUGGGUGGGAGUGAGACUGAUUGGAUAUGUGUGUGGCCAUGCUGAUGAUUUGUAGUAGUGUGUACAGGGGAGAGGUUUUUUUUUUUUUUUUUUUUUUUUACGUCAGCGUAUUCUUUUUUUUCUUUUUUUCAUUUUUUUUUUCUCUUUUCUGGGGCUAACUGCUAAAUUUGAUUUUUUGUUGUUAGAAUAAGAAUUUGGGUGCAAAUUUUGAUUGGCUUUCAGUCUGAUAUUUUACAAUCAAUAUGCAAAAACCUUUUCAUAGAUUUUUUUCUAUCUCUUGAACUUGAGGGAUUUUUAGUUCGGAGGGAUAAUUUUUAUUGAGUUUUGAUUCUAUAUAUAUCAAACUAAUAUCGAAUUAAACCUCAUAUGUUAAGAAAUUAUACAUAGACAUAAAACCGUUCAAAUGGUGAACAAAUAAAAUAAAAAGACAUCUUUAGAAGUGACCAUUUAGAAUUGAUUUUGAAAUUUGUUACAAGUGAUAAUACGAGACUCAUUGGUGAUACAAUAAUAAUUAAUUGGUUCUAUCGAAAUUCUUGUUUGACUUUUCAAAAAUUAAAAAUAAAUAUGAGAAAAUGAAUCAUAUUGAUAACCAAUUAAUUUAGCUCGUGAGCAUUUAAAUUCCAUGGUGGUGAUCACGGACACUGGUUAAUAUAGCAUUUGUCUUUCAAAUUGCUCUUAAUUCCCUAUGAAAUGCUGAACAACCCGACACAAACUCCACUACUACAGAAACCGAGCAUAAUCUUAUGCGGUAAUAGUCCAAAUAGUCCAAUAGAAAAUCCUUCUUAAUCGCAUCCAAAAAUAUCACAAAAAGACAUCCAAUAAGUAAAAUGCUUAAACAUUCACCCAAUAUAUAUAUAUAUAUAUAUAUGCAUUAACUGAGACAGUAAAAUCCAAAAGAAAGUCCUACUCAAUCGCAUCCAAAAAUACCACAAAAAGACAUCCAGUAAGUAAAAUAUUGAAAUUUCUCAAGCUUCUUCAACGAACAAAUCAUGUAUAGAACAAUCAUUUUUGCUUAAUGCAUAGAAAAUUUUGAUGAAAACUUAUUUGCAAAUCAAGAAAACAUUUGUCAUCUUACCAUUGAAUUUGAAAUUUUUUAUUUUUAUUUAGUUAUUUUUAUUUUUAUUUUUUUGCCUCCUCAAUUUUUACUGUAGGUUUAGUUGUACUUGUAGGAACAAAGUAUCAUUUAAAAUGAGCUCAAAACGGUAAAAAGGCUGAAAGGACAAACAUAUCAAGAUGAUAUUGAUAGUUGGUACGGAAAUUUACACACGGUAUUUAUGCUAACAAAAAAUUAUAAUUUAUACUCGGUAUUUAUGCUAACAGAAAUUUAUAGAUCUUAUCUAAUGUCUUUAUGCUAACAAAAAUUUAUAACUUAUACUCGGUAUUUAUGCUAACAGAAAUUUAUAGAUCUUAUCUAAUGUCUUUAUGCUAACAAAAAUUUAUAAUUUAUACUCGGUAUUUAUGCUAACAGAAAUUUAUAGAUCUUAUCUAAGUUCACAUGCACAUAAAAGUUUAUUAAAAAAAAAAAAAAAAAAAAGCAUCACAACUCCAGGUUUUUAGUUGCCUUCAUAUUUGGGGUCCGCCAUCACAAAAUGGUAAGCAAUCACCAGGACAAAUAUAAAAAUGCCAAGAAAAUUGGCAAAAAAGCCCAGAUCCUGAU